UUCUUUAUUUUUACUAUAUUUUUUAUUUUCAAGUGCUUGAUUUUUUUGAAAAGUAAGGUGCUUAUGUGGCGAUCCUUAUCCACAACUACAAAGCUGAAAAGGAAAUCUACACUCUUUGAAAUUCCAAAAUCACCCCUAUCUACAAUUAGCAAUGAGCCGGCCGGCCCCACCUGCAUCAAAUAUUCUCAUUUCUCAAACCCUCUCGAAUUCUGAUUUCUGGAUAUCGUCUUCUCCACAUUUGCGAAACCGUUAUCUUUCUCUCACAUCCCCACACAAUGUCGACGGCCAAUGACGCCAAUUGUGCAGGCGCCGCCGUCAGCGCGCCGAAGAAGAAGCAGCGCAUCGGUACCAGCAGCGGCCUCCCCUCCACUCUCGCUGUGAUCGAUUUAUCCGACGAAUCCCUAACCAAAAGGCCUCGCAAACCGCCUCUUCUCCGCCGGACCGCCUCCCAUUCUCUAUCUCACUUCUCCCCGUCCUCCGCCUCCGCUGAUUUCAAUGAUCAGUCCACCGCAGACGUUGUCCUCGGCCUUCUCUUCGAUCGUCAGUCUUCUUCAUUUGAUUGCGUGGACGAUUUCUCCGAAUCGAGCUCGAUUGCUUCGCCUGAGAUUCAGAUCUAUUUGCAUUCACGCGUUCUCCACCGAUCGAAAUACUUCGCCGCGCUUCUAUCUGACCGCUGGCAACAGAAGAGUGAUGCAACUUCGUCGAUGGAUGAAGAGAAUGGCCCCAAAAUCCUCAGUAUUACUCAUCUUAUUCCGGCUAGCAAUGACUCUAUGAAUGACUACCUAACAGUGCUCAAGCUGCUUUACUCCGAUGAUUUGUUGUUUUCGAUUGAUAACCUGUCGACCGCGCUUGAUUUGCUCCCGAUCGCGCUGGAAUUGUUGUUUGAAGAUUGUGUUAGAGCUUGUGUUAGAUUCAUUGAGGCAGUGCCGUGGUCGGAAGAUGACGAAAAGAGGAUCUUAAGUUUGAUUCCUCUAUUGAGUGAGGAAGAAUCAAAAGAGCUUCUCGCCAGACUCUCUCCAUUGAAAAAUGAUUCUUCUGAGGAAAUGCUUCAUGGACUAAUUCUCUCUGCAAUUCACAGUCAUUCGAACAUGGCCUUUGCAAAGGCGUUCGUCGCGAAGCUGCUGAGGGACUUCUCAUCGAGAGAGACUGCGAGAAAAGUAUUGGACGCAGCGUUUGAUAAGAGUUUGAGGGUUGUGAAGCAGUCGUUGGAGGAGUACUCAAGUCCAGACUUCAGAGGGAGUCAUGAUGAGACCGAGGCGAUUCAGAGGCUGAAUUUGCACACGGCGGUGACUAAUUUGAAGCACGUUCUGUGGUUGGUGGAAAGGAUGAUUGAGCUGAGAGUGGCGGAUUCAGCCGUGAAGGCGUGGAGCGAGCAGGCAUCACUCACGGCAGAUUUGAGGAGGGCGUUUCUUGAUGAUUUAUGGCGGGCUUUCUUUCCAGGACUGCCGUCUGUGGUACUUCGCUGCACUUGCCGGCUCGCCAAUGCCGUCGUCACGGGGAAUAUUUUGGCUGCGAGACAGGUGAGGAUGAAGCUAGUGAGGGAUUGGCUCCCGGUGUUGAUUAUUUGCAAAGAGAGAGUAUCGAUUAUGGGGUCGAACAGUAUGUCGCUGUAUGUGGAGCUGGAAGAAAUAUUUUUGAGGAUCAUAUCUACUCUCCCGAUAUCAGAUGCACAGGAAUUGUUGCAGCAGUGUCUUAGCUUCUCAACUCGCAACAUUGACGACUGCCCUCACUUGAUCGAUGCAUUUACUACUUGGUUUCGUCGUGCCAACAGACCCCCACAGGCAGAUCUUUGCGAGUGAUGGGUGCUAUCCUUGAUUUUCUGAUCUAGGAGGAGAAUCCAUGGCUACCUCUUAAGCUUUUUGUAAAUGGACUAUCAGGAUCUUUUUUCUUUUCCCCUUUGAAAGUAGCAGUAAGGCAUGAGUCGUCUCUUUUUACAUGUCUGUGACGAACUACCAUGCAUUUGCUGGGCAUGUAUAUGUUUGAUAGUGGAAGUUUUUAGAAACAAAUAAGGAAGCUACUGUUAAUAUA